GCCCUAACCUGCUGCCUGAGCCGCGCUUGUAGUGGGCACGGCACGCUCUUUUUUCAUAUUAUCGUUGGCCAAGAAAGCUCCGCCUCAUGGAAUGCCAACUCCUCAAUUGCUUAGCUAGCGACUUCCCGGGGAUCACGCACGUCCUCUCUACCAAGACAACAUCUCGGGCAUGGACAUUCGUAAGCAUGAUCUCAAGGUGUGGGACGAAAGCGAGCCCAAGUGCCAUGGAUAUAUAGAAGCCUGUCACCUCCCCAUCUGGCACGCCAUGUUUCAACGUGGUCACCUGGGUAAGCGCACAUACACAUCAAGUUCAUAAUAAGCCGCCCAUAAAAAGAACAUCCUCCCGUUUAGGAAAUUCCUCCAAACCUGUAUACACAACCGCCCGUAGCCCUCUAAACCAAGCCCGAUAGCAUCAGUACACAUAUCCACAUACCGCCCAAAACACUGCCGUCAUGUCGGCGUCGGAAUACUACGACACGACCAAGCAGUUCGGCUCGCAGCCGUACCAGGAACCUCAAUACCAGCAAGGCCCCCCUCCUCCAUCAACGCCCCAGCAGCAGCAACAGCAGCAGCAGCAGCAGCAGCAGCAAUACCUGACACCUUACACCCCACAACCCCCCUACGGCCCGCGCCCAACGUCCGCGCACUCUGCAGCGCCGCCCUACCCUCACCAGCGCCGCCCCGACAGCCCGCCAUACGAGCCGCGGCCCGCGAGCGCGCAGGACUACCGGGAGUCGCGCGAGGUCGGCCACCACCACCACCAUCGGCGGCGACAGUCGAAUCACCACCACCACCAUCAUCACGGGGACGGCGACCGCGGCCUCGUGUCGACCGUGGUGGGCGGGGGCGCCGGCGCCUUCCUGGGUAGCAAGGUCGGCGGCGGCGGCAAGCUCAAGAUGGCGCUGGGCGCCGUGGCGGGCGCCGUGGCCGCAAACAUGGUCAGUAACGCCAUCAAGGACCACCGGCACCACCACCACCACCACUAUCGUCCCCAUCAUCAUCACAGUGGCAGUGGCGGGCUCGUGGGCAUGAUCCCUGGGUUUAGGGGCCACAACGACUAUUAUGAGCAUGGUCUCCCCGAUCGCCGUAGUGGUCGUCACGCCUGGUAGGCACAUGUUGGGCUAUUAAUGGGACGAUUCUUCAUGUCACGAUUUCACGACAUCUCGGGAUACAUGAUCUGGGUCCAUUUCUGUGGAUGGCGUUUCAAGUUUUUGGUCUUUCUCAUGCCCUUUUACCCUACACCUAGCUUCAUAGGCAGCCGCCAUCUUAAUGAUACCCAUGACCGCCCACGACCCUACGAUCCCUUGCUGUCUCAAGUCAUCUUUUAUGACUGCCAUUAUAUUGAAGACAUGUCUCCCUAGGUACAUACCUACCUAGGAGCCUACUUUGACACGUUCGAAUGGGCUUGCGGCUCUGCGCAAUCGUCCCUACUUGGAGAUUCGAGAGUUCCAGCACUAAAUUCCAGUGCUGAAGGACAAGAUAUGAAAUAGCGAAAGCACGCUGAUGCGAGUCCAUCAUGAGAACAGGGGAUUCAUGCCACUGUAUUUGUCAACAACACUGAUGAAAGCAAAGAAGCAAAGGACGUACAAGAGAUAAUAUGUGAAUGACCCUGGAAUCAGUGGAGCCAACGCCAGUUAUCCCCAUGAAUGCACCGAGCCUCAUCCGCGAAGAGCAGAUGGCAUGGACGACAUAGAAAAGUAUAUCCUUUGAGGAACUCAGAAAAUGGAUGCCAUUCGUAAUCAUCGUAUGAAACAUGGAGAAAUCGAGACAUGGAAAUAUGACGAAAGAGCCGUUGACAAUGAAGAUAAGCAAGAGAGAUGGCCAGUGAAGGCAGCGCCGAAAAACAGAUGCGAAGAGAUAUUGCCCACAUAUCAGCCCGCUAAGUAUGAGGGGCGGAUGGCUGGAGUUGGAUAGGGAUGGACUUGACAGGGAGGCAGUCAUGCUCGUUUAGAUGGGAUGGCUGGGAGGCAUCUGCGUGUGCUAUGUACGGCGUUGCAAUGCAUGGAGUAGAGAAUGCAGAUGGGCUGGCAGUUCGAUGGGGCGAGAAAUAAAGAUGAUCAGAAUGC